CCUUUCGCCUUCACUUAUGCAUCUCAAACUCUACUACUCCUUAACCUCACGAAACUUGAGAAGCUUGAUCUAUCUUAUAAUAAUUUGGACCACUCAAUUGCAUCAAGUUGGUUUUGGAAUGUGACGAGCCUCAAAUACCUCAGCCUUCGUUGGAAUUCCGAUGCAAAUUGGUUAUCUGGCAAACUUCCCGACGCACUAGGAAACAUGACAUCACUCAGAGUCCUUGAUGUGUCAGUUACCAAUCUGAAUGAGACUGCGAACCUUAAAAGUCUUCUUAAAAAUCUUUGUUGUUUGGAAAUCCUCGACCUUUCUGGAAAUGUCUUGAAUGGAGAUAUAGUGGCCUUGAUGGAGGGGCUGCCACGAUGCGCAUGGAAAAAACUACUAGAGCUAGAUUUCAGUGUUAACAAAAUCAUUGGGACCCUGCCAAAUUUUAUGAGGGAAUUCAGAAGCUUGAGCAUGCUUGACCUGUCCAACAACAACCUUGUUGGACCUAUACCACCAGUGGUUUGGAAUUUGACGCAUUUAACCUUACUUAAACUUGGCUGGAAUCAGCUCAACGGGAAUGUACCAACUGAAAUUGGUGCCCUUAGUGCUCUGACUGUUUUAGAGAUAAGUGCCAACAACUUGACCGGAGGUAUUCCGUCCGAGCUUGGAAAAUUGAAGCAUUUGGCGACCCUUAGGCUCGGAGGCAACAAAAUUACUGGACCUAUUCCACUAGAGGUUAUGCAUUACACUAGCUUAACCAUGCUAGACCUUUCCAGUAAUCACCUCAAUGGAAGUGUGCCCACUGAAUUAGGUUCCCUGAAGAAGUUGGUCCAUCUGUACCUAGGCGGCAAUGACCUUAGUGGUGUGAUCACGGAAGAACACUUUGCAAACUUAACAAGUUUAUUGAACAUAGACUUGUCUUCCAAUAAUUUGAAGAUUGUAGUGAACUCAGAUUGGCGUUCUCCCUUUAGGCUACAGUUCACAGAUUUUGCAUCUUGCGAAAUAGGUCCUCUCUUUCCAGCUUGGCUUCAACAGCUGCGGGGAAUCACUCAUCUUGACAUUUCGGGCACAGCUUUAGAGGAUAAGUUUCCUGAUUGGUUUUGGUAUACAUUUUCACAGACAAGAUAUCUCGACAUCUCUAACAACCAGAUGAGUGGCAGUUUACCAGCACAUCUGGAUGAC